AAAAGGAAACAUUUCAUGACACCGGAUCUUCAAAAUCUCAAGUCACUUCUCUUCAACAAUAAAUUGCAGAAUCUUGAUGGUUUGGAUUGUUUACGUGGCCUUGUGGAAAUUGAUGUAAGAUGGAAUGAUGUUGCCAACGUUACUGAGGUUGCGAAAGUAUCUUCUCUUUUUCAUUUACGCAUCCUUGCAUUGGCUGGAAAUCCUUGCGUUUCUUCUAAAUCUCAUAGGAUUCAAAUAUUUUCGCACUUCAAGGCCAGAGAAUUGAUUCUCGAUGGUGUGAAGAUAACAGAUGGUGAAAAGGCUAAAGUUAAACUCAUGUGCAACAAGAUAACUCAACCUGAGGAGAGCCAACACUCUGUGGUGUCUGAUAACUUUGAUGAUAAACUGAGAAAAAAGUGUCAUACUUCCUACACGGAUGAUGAUCAAGACUCAGGUUUUGGUGGAAAUUAUGCCGGAAGUGUAGACGAUGGAGGUCUAAUGUUUGAUUGGAGUUGCUUUGACAACAAAAACACGCAAUUUCCUUCUCUUGUUCCCGCUCAAAGUACGUCUUUUUAUGUUGAAGAAGGAAGUUCAACAGUCAAUAAUUUGACUGAGCAAAUUGACGAUAGUGAUGAACGUGGUAAGUUUGAGCAUGCGCACACGGCUACAAAUAUCACAGAUAUUUUAUCUGUAAGCUGCGAUAACAACCCGUCCGUCCGUAAAUAUCAGUUAAAAAUAGAUUUAGACAUUUUUUUACCAUCAACCCUUCUUCAACUUUCAUUGAAUUAUGAAGCUGCAAGAAGUCAAGAUGGACUUCACUCCAGACAUUAUAACGUCAGUGGAAUAGCAGAUCAGACGACUGAAAUUCAACCAGGUAUAGAGAACGUUGACUUCCCAAAUGAAACCAAAAUAGAAGAUACGAGUCAUAAUCCAACACUAUCUAAUGAUAAGGGAUGAGUGUCUGUACAAUCAUGAAAAUAUUACAAACGAAGUAAGUCGGUGACCAUUUUUCAAGUAUGAAAUAUCUGGAGAUUGUUGCGCAGAAGAUCUAAAGUCAAGUCUGAAGAAACUGGGGAAGAAAGAAGAUGUACCUGUUGUGUAAAGAAAUGAGAUGAUGGCGAAAUGAAGAUGAGAAAAAUUAAAAGAUGACACAAAUUACAUGAGCGUUUGUUUUUAAUAAAAGAUGAUGAGAGCUUGUUUCACAUCUUUAAGGGGCUAGUUACAUGAAGAUAGUUGUCUUUCGUAGCUUGUUUUAAACGUAAAUCAAACACAACAAAUAACAAUUGAAUAGCGAAGUUUUUCAUCUUGCUCGCUUUUCAAUUUGUAUGGCAGAUACAAAUUGCUUAAUGUAACUGAGAAACCAUGAAACAGAAAGUAAUUUGUUUGUUGUGUGAGAAAAUGUGGAAGUUAAAGACAAUGCAACAUCAACGUCAUUUGUGCUCAGAAUACUCCGAAUUGUCCAAGUGUAUCGAUUAUUUUUUAUACUUUAGCUGAAACGUGUGACUUAAUGAUUUUCUCGUGAGAUUCCUUGAACCUUAAUCUUAUUUGUGACAAAAUUAAAGGAUGUCAUUUUAACAUGCCGGCGUAACAAAUUUUUUUUCCUUUGCCGACCUCCAGCCGUUCGUGACAUACACAUGCAGACAUGUUUUAAUAUAUUUAAGCUUAAUUUAUAAUACAAAAAUGAGCUGAAGAAAUAGUUUACCACGAAAUUUAGUGUCUUUGAACUGAACUAUAGCUUGUCUUUUUAUUUCUCACUGGUUGUACAUAAAUUUACAUACGUUUAAUACUCCUAUGUUACACGAAAGCAUUUAUUAACAAAGAAUAUAUAAAUAUUACUUAUUCCUUAUAGCAAAGAUUAUAAACAUAGCUUAUAAAACGAUUUUAAAACUACAUUGUUACUGUCUUGUUUAAAUGUCCUGCUAAAAAAAUUUAUUAUUGAUGAAAGACAA